AUAUUAUCGAGUAAUUAGUGUUACUUCUAUUUCUUCAUCAACUUUACCACUCACUAAUUACAAUCCAAAUAAUGAUUAUUCUUUGAAGCCAGCUCAUUACAUCAGUACCAAUUAAAUUAAGAAAUAACAAGACUUGGAAGGUAAAUCCGACGAUCCUGCGACUGACUAGACGCCGAGCAGCAUCGAGCCGGUUAUCCGGAUAGCCGCGAAACACACAGUCAGGUGGGAGAGAAGAAGGCGUAAGUACAAGAGAAAGAGGGACUUGAACUACUACGAAGACUAAGUAAAGAAUAAAGGAAGAAAAAAGAUUGAAAACGGUGGUAACAUGACUCUCUAACUCGUCCCACUCUUUUCAAUUCCUCACCCAACCGAUCUCAUACACAAACUCAAUUAUUAUUUCGACCUGCUGCUGCUGCUACGUAUAAGCUUACCAGUUAUUUAAACACACCAGUGAAAUCUAUACUAUGACAUUACGGAAUUACCUGAACCGCUCACUAUAACCAUUGGCCUGAAAAACGCUCCAGAAGAGUCUCCAGUGAUAUCCAAACUCUCUUCAAUCUUCAUCAUCAUUCAUAUUAUAAACAUAUUUGAACCUGGUAUUAGAAGAAUUUUCCAAACAUUCUGAAGAAUAAAAAUAAAAAUCAUCGGAAAGAUUAUCAAGAAUUUUUAAUGGAUUUUCUAUCACAAAAAUGGGUUGGAUGUUGUUGGAAGCACAUCAGAUACACUAGGGAUUUUACGUGAUACUGAUGUCAUUUCACCCUACAAUGGCAAUAUUGGCUCUCAGGCACAUCAAUGACACAAGUUGAACCCAAUAAAAAGAUUCAAUUUGUAAAAAUAUUUUAGGGUAUUGAUAGCAAACAAAUCCAUAAUAAUGAGGAAGAUGAGUGAUUCAUUAUUAAAAGGAGCUAAGAGUUUACUGUGCUAUCCAUUGGGAUCAUUGUAAAUAAUCCUGAUGGACAUGUUCAGAGUGCACCUGUGACUGAGCUACUUGACAGUAAUAGUUAUACAUUUGAAUUGGUAUAAAAGCUCAAUAAAAUUGCCAGAAGAACGACGCGACGAAAGAGAAAAAAACGGAAGAAGGUGGUGUAGAAUAUGGGGAGGAAGAGAUGGGUGAAUUGUUGAAGCGGGGGAUAAGUUGAAAGGGAGGGAGUUUGAGGAAGUUGGUUUUUAUUUGCAUCUAUUGAUAAAUUCUUCAACAAGUUUGUGGAAUCAAUGAUUACCGGUCCUUAUAAUAAAGAAAUAAUAAUAACGAUAAAAGGUAUUAAAUAAAAUUUUGAAGAAGAAUAUAAAUUAAUUAUAGUGACUGUGAAAAUUCAAACGAUCAUCCAUUCAAGUGCGAUAAAAUCAGAUAAAAUGGGGUGCGAAUUGACUAAAUUGGCAUCCACAUCAACAACACAACAAAACCAAAGCGGAAGGGAAUCACCACCACCACCAGCCGAAACUGAUCCACGACUGCCACUCACUGCAAGACAAAAAUUCACCAUCAUUGCCAGUUGGAAGGCUGUUGCAAGGGCUAUGGAACCAACUGGUAUCUACAUGUUUGUCAAACUAUUUGAGGACAACAGCGAUCUACUGAACCUGUUCACUAAAUUCCGUGAAUUGAAGACAAAGGAGCAGCAAGCUUCUAGUAUGGAACUGGCAGAGCAUGCUACCAAGGUUAUGGAGACUCUUGAUGAAGGAAUCAAGAGUCUUGAUGAUAUGGAUGUCUUCCUAACAUAUCUUCAUCAAGUUGGAGCAACGCAUACCAAAAUUCCUGGAUUUAAUAGACAGUACUUUUGGAAAAUCGAGACACCUUUUUUGGAGGCAGUUAAGCGAACUCUCGACGAUCGUUACACGGAGAAUGUGGAGAGUGUAUAUAAAUUGACGAUAAAGUUCAUAAUUGAGACAUUAAUUGAUGGUUAUGAUAAAGCGCAAAAAGACAAUACGAAUUCUUAGUCUUUUUCAAUGCACAAAUGCUAGGCAUGGAUAUACAGUUAAUAAUGAAAAUGUGAAAAAAUAAACUAUAUAAAUAUAUACAUAUAUAUAUAUAAAUAUAUUAAAAUAAAUAUGUGUAAAUACUUGAAACAAAUAUCGUGACCUAUUGAAAAUGAUCAAUAGCCAAAAAGACUCUAAUCGUUUAAAACGGAAAUUCUAGUCAAUUCCAUUAUUAUUAUUUAUUUAUAUUUCUUACUGUUUUUAUGGCUGAUCCUUCGUAUAUAAUCAUUAUGAACUGAUUAUCUUGAUAAAAAUGAAAAAUGUCAUAUUUAAUCAUACUAUCUAAAAUCCAAAGAAAAAACAAAUUACAAAGUGUAUUAUUAAAUUGUAAAAUUAAUGAAAUGUGUGCAUAGAGUGUAUGUAUGUGAGUGUUUAUUUAUUUCUUAGAUUUGGAAAUUUUAUAAACCAUCUAACAAAACUAAAGAUAAUUUUAAGAAAAUUUAAAGUUAAAUUAAAUUAUAUAAAAUGAUUAAUUAUUUAUUGUGUAAAAUUAUAUGAAAUGCUUAUUAAGAGACUUCUUUGAAUUUUACUUUCGCUGCAUCUUAAUGGGACUGAGGAAGUUAUACUGGUAGCUGACUUGAUAAGCAUUUGAUGUAAUUAUUAAAUGAAAAUACUUACAUGUACCCAUACAACACUUUCUCAUGAUCAACUGAUCAAACAGUACUGACUUCUCUCAUUGACAUUUAUAAAAAUUAAAAUGACUUUCCUGUGUAGACAGUCAAAAUAAUUAUGUUAAAUAUUGAAAUUUUUAUUUUUAUAAUCUAAAAUUAAUUAAGUUAAUAUUUUAACGUUUAAAAUUAUUGGAAAAGUUAUUCAUUGUAUUUUUUCAAAUAGAUAUUUGGUGGUUGAACGUCAUAUGAUUCAGGUGGUUAGAUAUUUCCAAAACGGAAGUAAUCAACAAGACUGCGGUUUCCAAAAAAAAAAAAAAACAAAACCACA